AUUUUUUAUUAAAAGAUGCGCCGCAGUAAAUGGUAGACGAAAACAUGGGGAAAAGAUCGAGAAAAGUUUUUGAACAAAAACAGCCGUCUUCAGGAAAGAAAGAUGAUGAUAACGAAGUUAUAUUAGAGCCGGUUAUCAGUUCUGACGAACCACCGUUGAAACAGACAAAAUGGACAAACAAACAGAGGGUAUUGGUAUUUUCUUCACGUGGAAUAUCACAUCGGGCAAGACACCUGAUGAUAGACCUUCGAACAAUGAUGCCACACUCAAAAGCAGAGUCAAAGAUGGAUCGAAAAGACAAACUAUUUGUCAUAAAUGAGAUUUGUGAAAUGAAAAACUGCAACAAAUGUAUUUAUUUCGAGGCCAAGAAAAAGAUGGAUCUAUACAUGUGGGUGUCAAACUGUCCUCGAGGCCCAUCUGCUAAAUUCCUCAUUGAAAAUGUCCACACAAUGUCUGAACUGAAGAUGACGGGGAAUUGCUUGAAAGGUUCAAGGCCACUGCUGUCUUUCGACCAGGCGUUUGACGAGGAACCACACUUGAAGUUGAUGAAGGAGCUCUUUACACAAACAUUUGGAACACCAAAUCAUCACCCAAAAAGUCAGCCAUUCUUUGACCAUGUGUUCACAUUUUCGGUGUCAGACAACAGAAUCUGGUUCAGGAACUACCAGAUCCUAGAAGAAGAUGGAUCUCUUGCAGAAAUAGGUCCGAGGUUUGUCUUAAACCCGAUCCGCAUGUUUGAGGGCAGUUUUGGUGGACCCACACUCUACACUAACCCACACUACGUCUCGCCCAACAUUCAUCGCCGGAUGUUGAGACGACAGGUUGCCCAGAAGUACAUACAUCGCGUACAUGCAAAGAAGUCCCUGGAUGAACGCAAACCUGAAGAGACCUACGCUAAAGACAUCACAGAUGAUGUGUUUGUGACUAUCAGACCAGAACAGAACAAUCAGAAUGGAUAAAAUGAAAUUGUUUUUGUAUAUUGCGAUUUAUUAAUUCAUAUUUUGCAUUUAAAUGUAUUCUUCAACACUUGUUGAGGAAUAAUACAAUAAAUGUUGUUUGAG